AUGGCAGGAAUGAUUACUCGGCGCUAUGUUAACACAUUCAUCUACGUAUCUUUACUACUAAUUGUUUUGAUACCGGUUUCCAUUCAAGCAAUAAAAUUCCAUGACGAUCCUUAUUGGCAAGAAAGAGCCGAAAUAGCUCGUAAUGCAACUCAUGAUAAUUACAAUCCAAACCCCGAGGAAGUCACCGAACAUUUGAACCGAAAAGUUACCCAGUCUCUGGUUGAAUAUACAAAUGACACGAGAAGGAUUCUUAGGAACAAGAAAUAUAAUGGCGGUUGCUUGGCGACGAACCCUAUAGACCGGUGUUGGCGUUGCAAUCCAAAUUGGAUGGCCAAUAGGCAACAGCUAGCCAAAUGUCCACUAGGGUUCGGGCACAAUACACGCGGCGGUUAUGGCGGUAGAAUCUAUGUGGUUAGGGACUCAUCGGACAACGACGUUCAGAAUCCUAAACCCGGAACACUCAGACACGCUGUGAUCCAAGAAGUGCCCUUGUGGAUAAUAUUUUCGACAUCUAUGACGAUCAAGUUGUCGCAAGAGCUAAUCAUGACAAGUCGAAAGACUAUAGACGGAAGGGGAGUGAUGGUCCACAUUGCCAGCGGAGCGGGCAUUACCAUCCAGUACGUCAGUAACAUUAUUAUCCACAAUAUCCGAGUACACGACACCGUCUCCCGCAAUGGCGGCAUGAUUCGAGACUCGGUUAACCAUAUGGGAAUUAGGACCAGGAGCGACGGAGACGGGAUUUCCUUAUUUGGGGCUACAAACGUUUGGAUUGAUCACGUCUCCAUGUCUAAUUGUGCCGACGGACUUAUUGAUGCCAUCAUGGGUUCCACCGCGGUCACUAUCUCCAAUUGUCACUUCACCAAGCACAACGAUGUGAUGUUGCUCGGUGCAAGUGGUUCGACCGGGAGUAUAGACAGAAAGAUGCAAGUAACCGUUGCAUUCAACCACUUUGGGCACGAUUUGAUCCAAAGAAUGCCAAGAGCGCGAUGGGGAUUCGUACACGUGGUGAACAACGACUACACUCAUUGGUUGAUGUACGCAAUAGGCGGCAGCAACUCUCCCACCAUAAUUAGUCAGGGAAACCGUUUCAUCGCCCCUCCAGACAUAAAAGCAAAGGAGGUUACAAAGAGGGACUACGCAAUGCCAAGCGAGUGGAGCAAAUGGCAAUGGAGAUCGCAAGGGGACCAAUUUCUAAACGGGGCCUUCUUCGUUCAGUCAGGAUCGCCAAACACUCGUGGUCGUUUCGGAAGGUAUGAUGUGAUCAAUGCAAAACCCGGUUCCACUGUGACCAGAUUGACUCGCUUUGCUGGACCGCUAAGUUGCAGACCACACCAGCCUUGUUAAUGAAU